AUGAAAAUAAAUCAGGCUAGAAUGUUGCAUACUGUUUUUCACCAUGCUUCUUUUAUAUGGAUAUCCAGUAUCUAUUCCCGUUUGGUGUUGCCUCUGCAAAUCCUCCACCCGUCUCCAAAGUGUCUUAACUUCGAUGAGAAAGAGCAUGAUGGGGUUUACUGCCUGCGGAACCAAUCCCAGACGACGAAGCAGCCAAGAUUGAAAUUCGAACUUCGAACUUCAGAGGAGUUGGGAAAAUAUACUCUCCUAUAUUGUUACCUAGAACUUUUUCUAGUUGCUAACAUGAUUGCAGAGAAUUCCUUGAAAGUGUUUCAUUUCCACAGUAGUUGCCAUUUGUUUAGGUUACACAUGAGGAUGAGUGGAGUGUUGCAUCUUACAAUGAUUUGGGGUUCUCAUGUGUUCAUGGUGAUAACUGUACAUGAUGAGGACCAUCCAGGUGAUUGGAGUCGAUGUUACUGAAUAUAUCACACUGCAAGAUGGAAUUCUUGAAUGAAGCGGCUUAUGAACUUGGGAUUUCUCUAACAGCUCUGAUGAUACUAACAUGACAGAUUCAUCUUUUAUUGUGUCACUAAAAUAAUUUCCAUCACU